AGCAGUGACUGCACUGCAGCUGGCCCCCACCUGCCUGAGAGAGGAGCUCUGCGUGCACAGAAAGCAGGUCCUUGGCCAUGGCAGGUGUGCUGUACCCCAAACAGGGCCCUGUGGAUUUAGACAUCUACCAGAGCUCCUACAUGGUGGACUAUCGGCACUAUGGGAAGCACAAAUACUCUACAGCCAGACCGCAAGAGCAGGCGAAGCUGGACGCCCAGCUCCGGAAAGAAGAAUUCUACAGGCCAGUCCUGGACCCCAACCCCAAGCUGGCAGAUGGGUACUCUGCCUUCAAAAGACCCCACAUGACUGCCAGAGACCUGGGGCUCCCCGGCUUCUUCCCGCCACAGGACAGUGCGGCCAGCGAGGACGAGCGCCCGUUCAGCAGCACCUGCCCCUCGCGGUACCCGGCCUCCCUGGCCCUGCACCUGGCCCAGGGGCCCCCGAACCUGCUUCAGCAGAGCACCUGCUUCCCCUGCCUGAUGGAGCCCAAGCACCAGCCCGCUGCCCAUGAGGGCCGGGGCUACCUUCUCCUCCCUGGCUGUCCCUGUCCUCGGCACCAGAGCGCCAAGGUCCCCGUCUUGUAUCGCUGGGGGCCCCUGAUGCCAUUUUAUCAGUAGGAAGAGGGUCGCCACGUGCCAGGGGCUGUUCUUAGGGCUCAGGGAUGUCCUGGGCUGCUGCUUAGU